CAGAAGUGGAAAUUGUGUGCAAAUUAUAAAUAAUUUCCUAUUAUUAUGAGAAAAAUCAACUGAAGUCGUAUUUUUUUAUCUUGUUAUAAUAAAGUAUAUAAGAUUUCUGUGUUAAAUAUUGGUGUCCAUUCCUGUGAUUGCCAUGUAUACCUUACGUUGAUCACUGGGGUACCUAACUUUCGAUCGGAUUUUCGCACGUCGUACAGCUAACAAUUACUAGUUUUUAUGUUAUUGCAACAUAUCCGAUUGCAUAUAUUUUGUAAUCAGCAGAAAAUUUUAUGUGUGGUGCAGUGCAGUGGUGUCGGUGAUAUAUAGAUGAUGGAUCUGUGAAGGCGAAUUUCGCUAUACGAGGGUCCCUGGGUGUCAUGUUGGAGACGCGGUCUGUGCGAGCUGCAGACUCGGUGUGGGCGAACAAGCCGCUCCCGGCGCCACACGCCAUGGCCAACUCGAGACACGGAAAGAGUGCACAGGAUGAUGUUUGUUAUGUAGUAGCAAAGUAUGACUAUGCUGCUCAGGGUGCCCAGGAGCUAGAUCUACGUAAAAAUGAACGAUAUCUGCUACUGGAUGACUCCAAGCAUUGGUGGCGUGUGCAGAACUCACGGAGCCAAUCUGGAUAUGUACCUAGCAAUUAUGUUAAGAAAGAGAAGCCAUCACUAUUUGACAGUAUUAAGAAAAAAGUUAAGAAGGGUUCAGGCUCAAAGACUUUACCUUCAAGUGGGUCACCAGUUCGUGGAGGAUGUGGUGGUGGUGCAGAAUCUCCAGGUGGAAGAAGAGUGGAGCCUACUGAAGCACUAGGUACAGCUGUUGUAAAGUACAACUACCAGGCACAACAGCCUGAUGAGCUGUCACUCACCAAAGGAACAAGAAUACUCAUUCUAGAAAAGAGUAAUGAUGGAUGGUGGAGGGGGCAGUACCAAGGACAUACUGGAUGGUUUCCCUCAAACUACACAAGCGAAGAAGAUGGCGAAGACACUGUUCAUACUUAUGCUAUGGCUGAAAAUGUCCUUGAUAUUGUGGUUGCACUUUACUCAUUCACAUCAAACAACGAACAAGAGCUGUCAUUCGAGAAGGGUGAUCGUCUGGAGAUCAUUGAGCGGCCUCCAUCAGAUCCAGAGUGGUAUCGCGCCAGAGACUCUAGAGGACACAUUGGACUGGUGCCACGGAACUAUCUGCAGGAGUUGGCGGAUUAUCUUACACAACCCUACAGUGAAGCGAACGAAGGAGCACGCAGCGCUCCGGUGGCCGGUAACCUAGCAAGUCGCGCGUGGUACUACGGCGCCAUCACCCGCACGCACUGCGACGCACUGCUCAACCAACAUGGCCACGACGGAGACUUCCUCAUACGAGACUCGGAGACCAACGUGGGCGACUUCUCCGUGUCGCUGAAGGCCCCCGGGCGCAACAAACACUUCCGCGUGCAUGUCGAAGGCAACCUGUACUGCAUCGGACAGCGGAAGUUCACCAGCCUGGAGCAGCUCGUGGCGCACUACCAGCGGGCACCCAUCUACACCAACAAGCAGGGCGAGAAGCUGUACCUCGUCAGACCCUUGCCGCGCCCCGCGCAGAACUGCUGAGCUGACACCGACCACUGCUCAACUUGUAAGUCUACUCUUGGCAACAUUCUUAAAUAUACUCAACAUUUUAUGGCUCUGUAGUCAUCUGAAUUGGCCCAGAAAGCUAUCUACAUUUUUUUUUUGGGUAAUUUUGCAUCAACUAAAAAUAAUAAUAGGUCACUAUCAUCUAUCAAAAUUAAAUUAUGAAAGUUUGUUAUUUAUAGAGUUUUGACCAUAAGAAAUACGAAUUCAAUACUAAUUUGUUAUAAAAACAUGAGAAUUAUUUAUGUUUUCAAAAUUAAAGUCAUAGUUUUAUUUUCUGUAUGUCACGUGACCGAAAACGCCGACCACCAUUUUGUGACGUCACUGUUGCAGAAACAGUACGCUUUUAGCAACACACCAGCGUACUGACUAUGAAAGGUCAUUUUUAUUUUUAUUAAAAUCAAUAAGGAUUGCACUGGACAUUUGACCUUUCUUUGUUUAUGUUAUUAUGACGUCACGAUCAUGGCGGCCCCAUUUUACGCGCCUCUAUUUAUCGUUUAAAUUAAAAGAAAAAGUUCUUAGCUUAAAGUGGAAUUAUUUUGACGAUUAAAAAUAUCAGUUUGCUAUCGAAUCUUAAUGAUCAUUUUUAAUAUAUUUUAAAAAAUCGAAGAAUUGUCCUUGUAAAAAUUAUUAUUUUAUCAGUUAUAGCAAGUUCACCCGGUUCGGUUAUUUGAGCGAUAUUAACAAAACGAUAUAUUAAGUCAGUGUUAGGGUCUUUCUUUCAUUUUUAUGAUUUUUAAUGUUGUUUCAAGAGUAGACUUGAUAGAUUUUCUAAUGCGACACAUUCAUGUGUUAAUUUGAGUUAACUUUACAGUUCUGAUCCUGUUGUAUAUCAUUGAGUAUAUAAGACGAUACAUGACUUCCAAAAUUGUAACACAACUUGCAUACAUCACAAUUAUUGUUGCUGUAUCUACACUUUGUCAGUGUGCGGGUAGCCUUAUAUUUCGAUAUUUUCCGAAAUUAUGAACAAAUUAACUCGUAAAAGUUUGAUGUGGUAAAUAAUAUUAUUGAAAGUCGUGUCAGCAAAAUUGUUAUAGGUACGACAGCCGUUAAUGUACAUAAACCAAAUUAUAUCAGUUUUCUAAUCUAAUUCUGGUCAUUUCAGAACAGGAAUGUACAAUUACGUCAUGAACAUAAUAUGAGUAAUUUACACGGAAAUAGUUUGUAACCAGUAACACUCCACAUUGCUUGUAACUCUGAUAUAGGUAUAAUUAACUAUAUUGCCAGUUUUUUAACUUAUGUGGCUUUAAAAAUAGAUAUAAUUCAGGAAAUAGUUAGAGAUCAAUUAAGUGCAUAAGUGCAGUUCAAUUUUAUACACAUUUUAUAUUAUUAACAAGUAGUAUAUUAUACUCAUCAAUAUAGAAACUUUUUGUAUUAACUAGAUAAAAUAUGACAAAUAUUAGUUGUCCCUUUUGCACAUGAUAGUAUAGAAAGGGAAGGCCUGAUGUUAGUAAUGAGGCGCGUUUGAUUAUGGUGCGUACAGACUGGUGAAAUGUAUCAUGCAAUGAAAGAAUUCGCCGUACACAUCGAUGCAAUGUAUCGUGAAAGAUAACAACUUUGUAACAAUUUCUCAUAGUUCGGACCUGACUCAGACAUCACUUGACUGAUGUGAGAACAUCUCCGCUAUGCCCAGCUCACAUCUCUCCGCUUUGGUGGAAAUAACCUGACAGCUUCGCGGCUUGUCUCCUCUCCUCUCCGAUUUCGUCGAUACCUGGCUUUACAAGCCACGCGCGCAGUGACCCGUGAUUUGUCGGUUUUUUUCGAACGAACACAAAGGAGCGCGUUCGCGGCUGAAUGACGUACACGGGAGGUUCGUAGUGAAUACGUGGUAUGCAAUGAAAGGUGAAAUGAUACAUUUCAUGCUACCAUACACCAGUGUGUACGCACCUUUAUACAUUGAAAAAUACAGACUAAGCGAAAUUAAAAUUUAUACAUAGUAUCGAAAUUAUAAGUUUAUCAUCAUAAUAUACCAUAGAAGAAUAAUGUCAUGUAUUUUAUUCACUGUGCGAAUCUUCAACAUUGUCAUUGUACCAUUUUUCAUUAUUCUGAACCCAUAAAUCCAGAGGAAAACCUUUAAGUACCUUAUAACUAUGGUAAAUAUUAUUUGCAAGUGGGAUCUAGUUUAUUUGAAUAAUAUAAUAAUAAUUGUAACAAUGACAUAAUUUUAAGUAUACAAAAUGAUUAUUUAACGCGUUGAUGCAACGGCAAUUAAUAUAAGUAAUAAGAAUAAACCAAAAAUUGGCUUCAGCGUUCUAUAGUAUAUCAUAGUUAUAAUAACAUAAGUCCUCAGUAAGUAGUAUAGUGUAAAAUUUAAUUAAUUUUUAAGUUACCUUUUGUACUUCGUUCUUGAGGGUAUAUAGAAAAAUGUUGGUUAGCAUUCGUUUGAAAUUUUUUUGUAAGGUACUAAUUUAUGUAAUUUAUAUUUAAAAAGAAGAUUUAACUACUAGUUUACUAUUAAAAUACAGAUUGUCCGGCUAUCUCUAGUAACUGGAUACUUCCUUAGAAAUUAAUAUAAAACAAGUAUCCUACAUACGAGUAAAUACUUAGUAAUACUACUAGUAUUAUCAAUAAAAUUAACGUAAAGGUUACUGUUUUGUCUCGCGUUUGGCACAGAUAAUACAACUGUUAAUCGUAAGUAGCACUGCAACCAGAGACGUCCGCACCCUACCGAUGGCUGAUGGUGACUGGCGCUCCCGCUGUACUGUGUAUUCCUUAUGACACUCAACGUCACACGGUUAACGUCACUGUCGAUGUCAUGACAGUGACAAUGAUUGUUAACACAUUAAUUCAGUCAAGAUGUCAAGACACUACAGUUACAAAUGAAAACUAUAAUUAAAAGGCUGAUCAACUAGUGUAAUUAAUUACCUUCAUAAAUUUUUCUAUAUACUUUAAGGAACAUUCAUAGUUAAAUGCUUGGUACAGAGCAAAAGCAUAAUUAUAUAUGACCAUGUGAUAUACAUGUACAAUUAUAUGCAAAUGAUAUUGUGAUGUCGGCUAUGUUUAUGUUAGUCACUGACAGGGGAUGCGGUAUGUAUGUAGGACAGUUUCAAUAUUGGUAACCUAAUAUUAUAUUAUGGGUAUAAAAAAUAUUAUUUCACUGCAUAGUUAAUUCCAUGUUAGUUAAUUUGUGUGUAAAAAUUGAACAUUUAGUGGCUGGUAUCGAAGAAUAUUUUUUCCAUAUUUGUUGGAUUGUCUUGUUGUUGAGGUAAACUACCCUACAAUAGACAUUUUAUAUUUUAGCUUACAGAAAAAAAUUUCAUGCAGUAUUAUUACUGUUAUUGAGCAGUUUUUGUGAUUCGAAUCUCGAAUGUUUGUCUUCUGUGGUGACUAUUGCUAGUCAAUACGCUAACAUCACAUGCUUCGCUUUGCUAAUAUUAACAGAUUUAUUAAUAUUUUGCCACGAGGAGAUAACAUUAAUUGUAGCCUACUUCUUACCUUUUAGUUAUCACAAAUCAAUUGUUUUCUUUUAUUGCUGGUUAGACUAGACUGCUUAUUUAAAGGACAUAUUAUAUAUAAGGCAAUAAUCUCUGUUAAGCAUAAUAAUUAAUAUCGAAUUUAUCACAAAUUGGUUUAGUAUCUGUUAGUCUCAGUACAAGAGUAUUGUACUGGUAAACUCUUAUUUUUUUUUAAAUAAAUACAAAUUUAAUUCCCUUGUGUGAGUAGUCUAGUCUUACUAGUAACUAUAUCUCGUUGAGAUACCUAGAUCGAAGUUAUUUCAUUAGAUGACAGCUUACAGCCGGUGUAGUAAAGAUUUAACAUUUAUGUUGGGUUGUCUCAUUGUCACAAUAAAGUAAUGAUUAGUUUAAUGAUACCAAUAUUAUAUAUAGUGGUUUGAAUUAAUUUGUAAAUAGUAUUUUGUUUAUAAGAUAGCAGUAACAACUGUACUAAGGAUCUAUUGAACUGUAUAAUAUGAUUUAUUGAUUUUUAGUUUUUGGGGUUAAGCUAUUUGUUUUCGACCCUUAACAAACAUAUUGUGCAUGCAUCUUGAAUGCUUGCUAUAUGAAAUUUAUGAGUCAGAAAUUACAACGAAAUGAUUACAUACAAUUUGCAGUAAAAUAUUGUUGUAAUAAACGAAUGGUCGGAUAUAGGUGGUUUUUACCCUGUUUAUACAGUACGGUAGAGUCAGUUUUAAAUAAGUAUUUAGUUUGUUAAAUUUUUAAAUGAUUUGCAAAUCAAACUUUGGCAGAACAUUUCUCUUUUUUUCAGUAUUUUUAUUAAUAUUUUUGUGAGUUUUUUAAGUGUUUGCAAAAAAUCUGAUCUUCCAGAUACAAGUAAAUGCAUUUUGAAGCGUUUAUUUUAAUUGUAUUACGUGAAUUUCCUCAUUAUUAAAACUCGUCCAAUAGUGAGUACGCGACUGACACACCGUAAAGUAAAUACACCUUGGGUUGACAAUUCGGAAGAAACAUAGUCCAUAUCAUUUAAAAAUGUUUCUUUUAUUUGACCAAUUGUAACUGCCUUUUUAGAACAAAUAAUUUUUAUGGUAUUUGUUCAUCGAUUUCCGCCGCUCUGUCUACCCAAGUCCGAUUUAUUUUUAUACAAAUUAGUUUCUGUACAGCAUCGCGGGUAGUUUUUAUAAACUAGUAGAACUAAAACGUAGCUAAUGAUUCUAUGUAACAUGCUUUAUUCCACGUGCAUUUAUAUGGUCUAGUAUUGUCGCGUUUACCCUAUUAUUGUGUUGUGUCGAUAAAUAAUAUUCCAUUUUUAUUUUUCUACGUGAUUUAUUUUGAUUUUAUUGUAUCAUUUGGUAUUAUUUUUUAAAACCCUUGUUGAGUAAAUGUUUUACUAUGCGAAUAUAUCUGUAUGUAUGUAUGUCUUCUGUGUGAUAAAUAUACAAGUACUAAUUAUUUAAGUAUCGGAUGAAUAUCGCAUCGAUUUAUUUAGUAGAUUAAUUGUGUACGGAAUGAUAUGGAAUUAUAAUGCGAGAAACUCAGUUUUAAUUAGGUUAAUAGGAACAAAAUAUUUGAUAAGUGAAGGCUUGAUUGGUUUUGAGUGGCAAAGCGUGAUCCUGCGCAGGUGCGUGUGACACUGCGGUACGCGUUAACGUAAAAGUGUUUUAGUACUCGAUUCAUGUAGAAUAUAUAAUAUCAAAUAGGACCAAAUAUCCUGAAUGAUGUUCAAGUCAAUUUGCUGAGAUUUUGUUAUUAACUUUUAGUGUUUUUUUCUUACUUUUCUGCUCGGCCAAAGCAGUGGGCUAAUUUAAAUUCGAAAACAACACUGUCAAUGAUUGUUCUGAAGUUAUAAAAAAAUAUCAAGCAGUCGGAAUGAACCAAUCGAAAGCAAAAUGUUUAUUUGUAAACACUUUGCAUAUUCUUAGUUUAUUUACAGGCCAUUAGACUUUAUGCGUUAUUUCGUUUUUCUUGAAACAUCAUCACUUCCAUCAACUUAGUAUACAAGCGUAUUAGGCGAACCCUGUGUGAAAGUGACAUAACUAUCCUUACACAAAAACCUAGGUGUGAGAAUGAGACGGAAUAGAUCAAGACCAUGAAACCGUUUUGAAACAAUUUAGCUUCCAUUAGUCUCCUGUCAAAUUAGGCCGCGUUUGUAUCUUAGUGUUUUUAUUCUGUGUUUUAACGGAUAUUAAUUAAAAAAUAUAAUGGUGUCGUGUUCUGUAUUAGAUUAUGUUGUUAAAUAUAGCAACAAUCCAAAUAAAGAAACAUUUCACAGUUAAAUACUGAUUCUACAAUACUGCCUUCGUGAUGUUUAUUUUUGUAGAACAUAUACACUAAAAUACUAAAUAUUACAUUUUACAUGUGCUGUAAAUCUGUAUUAUCUUAAGAUUAUAAUAAUUUAAAGAAAAUAUGUGUUAGAAAAUAAAAUAUUGUAUACGUGAAUGUGACGCCGUUUGUCAAUAUUUGUCACAGGGAUUGUCUAAAGGCAAAAUACUACAUACUUCACUGACUCACUAACGCAUAUGUAAAACUAUCACACAUGAACAUUUUAAAUUUAGUCUCGCCGUAAUGAGGAGAGUGUUUGUCUAUUACGCUAGUAUACUAAGUUUAUGGUCGCUUCAAAAAUUAUCUACUUAAUGCGUUUAAUAUUAUAUCUUAUCAAACUCCAUACUGCAGACUUCAAACACAUUUAAAUUAUUUACAUUUAUAAUUAGAAUUGCCUCAUCUAGUAUUAUGGUACGAAAAAUCUUAUGUUUUACGAAAUUUAUUCAUCUUAAAACUUGAGCGAGCCUGUUCAGCCUAAAAUCAGAACAGUAUUUGAUAUUGUCUUAAAUAUAACGAAGUAGAUUUAGUCUUCCCUGAUGCAUAUUGCAAAGAGUGCACAAUAUUAAUGAAUUGAGAUUUUCUUAAGUAUUAUCCGUAGAUGAAGGAUUGGUCUCCGCUGCGCUCCAACUAGAUACCGCACUAUCUAAGAGCGAUAGCUUUUUUUAUUGCGGCUACUAUUAAAUGCUUGUGUGCGUGGCAUCUUGACACUCAAUGGCAUCUUUCAAAUUUUGUAGCAUACGAUUCGUGUUAUUUUACUUUUAAAUUAAUUAAAAUUUUGACAGAACAUGACAUUGUUCGCUACGAGACUGGCUCGAAUACGCCUACCGGCGUAGUAUAUUAGUUGUCGCACUUAACGACUAUGCCUGCGCUAUCUAGUUGGAGCGCAGCGGAGACCAAUCAUUAAUCUAAUAUAUUAUCAUACGAAAAUUACUGUAUCUUGGAGUGUCAAUUUAAUAAUUAUUAUUUGUGAAGCUUUAAUAAAAUCGCCAUACACGGCCUUACAUUCCUUCGCAUUCGGAAAAUAACCAAGACAUAGUUAAAAUUGCAUUAAAACUGCUUGAGAUAAUAGUUGUAGAUAGUGAUAGGACGAGUCGGUUUUUAUUUUGACAUUGCUCAACGGUAUAUUCGUUUGUAUACAUAUUAUUAUUGUAACCAAGAGUUUGUUCGUUUGUUUGUUUGUUUUCGUAUAAUAUCUGAUGUAUCGAGCAUUAUAUGAUACCGAUGUAAGUGCAGUGUAUUAUAAUAAUAUUUAACAAUAUAAUUUAUUUAUUAAUUUGCAA